AUGGCUCUUCGACUCAUGACAUUCGACGCCUUGCACACUAUCAUCACCCCUCGCCUCCCAAUUCACGUCCAAUACUCUCAAAUAUUCUCUCCUUAUUUAGGGAAUUUGAAUCCGGAUUCCAUCAAGCGGUCGUUUAAGGUGGCGCUGAAAGAUGUUCAAGAGGAGAAUCCCUUAUUUUCCGUUGGCGCUCAAGCUUGGUGGAGAGAGGUUAUUCGGAGAACGGCGCUUGGGGCCGGCGCGGACGAGCAAGCCCUGAAAGAAUCUCUCCACGAGAUUGUACCCGCUCUCAUGAGGCGUUUCAGCUCAAAAGAAGGGUACAAAGUGUUCGACGAUGCUAUUCCGACGAUGUUGCAUCUACACAGUCUUAGUAUCCGUACUGCGAUUGUGAGUAAUGGUGACUCUCGCAUACGUGCUGUACUUCAGGAUCUUAGUUUCCCCAAAGAGGUGCAACCUAUACUUUUAAGUGAAGAAGAGGGAGUCGAGAAACCGUCCCGAGAAAUCUUCAUACGUGCUUUAGAGCGAGUUAACGCUAUGGGAAGUGAAAAGGCUGCAAUCUUACCUGAGCACUGCUUGCAUGUCGGAGAUGAGCUUAAAGCUGACUAUUUUGGAGCUUUGAACGCUGGAUUCAGGCCUUUGUUGCUUCGACGGGACGGACCUGACGGAGAGCAUGCCCACAAGGAAUUACAUGAAACCUUACAGGACGUCGAUGUUGUCAAGAGCUUGCAUGCUGUUGUGAAGUACAUAAUAUCGUGA